AUGCCGGAGCCAGCCAAGUCCGCACCCGCCCCGAAGAAGGGCUCGAAGAAGGCGGUGACCAAGGCGCAGAAGAAGGACGGCAAGAAGCGCAAGCGCAGCCGCAAGGAGAGCUACUCGGUGUACGUGUACAAGGUGCUGAAGCAGGUGCACCCCGACACGGGCAUCUCGUCCAAGGCCAUGGGCAUCAUGAACUCGUUCGUCAACGACAUCUUCGAGCGCAUCGCGGGCGAGGCGUCGCGCCUGGCGCACUACAACAAGCGCUCCACCAUCACGUCCCGCGAGAUCCAGACGGCCGUGCGCCUGCUGCUGCCCGGGGAGCUGGCCAAGCACGCCGUGUCCGAGGGCACCAAGGCCGUCACCAAGUACACCAGCUCCAAGUAAACUUUCUGCUGCUUGUACUAGUCCACCCAAAGGCUCUUUUCAGAGCCACCCAUCUUUUCAGAAAAACAGCUGGGC